AAUCGAUAUGCGAAAAAUGUCAAGUCGCAACCAUUCGCGCUUCAUAUUUGAGAUGAUGGAAAAUAUGCGGAUCUUUCGCCAUCAGCGUUUCGGGGUAGAAUGUCCGACCUGUCUCAGUCGCGUACGGGCAGACGAGCCCUAUAGACAUCAUUGGCUGGAUGACAAAGCUGAUCAGCACAUUAAAUUAGGAUUGACAGAAAAGCUCCUGCUCAAGCGCAUCGAACGGGAGCACAUUGAGACCUUUUUUCUGUGCGAUGAGAGUGCAGUGGGACGCACUAAUGAAUUUUUGCUGGAAGCUGGUAUGGAAGCCGUGCCACAGCUAUUGCGCUUUCUUAGCUACGAGGCCACUCGGCUGGAGAUAACCGUUGGGUUCUAUGUAGAAGCGACCAAGCAGCUUAUGUACUACGAGAGCAUACCUGUUGUAAUAAACCAUUAUUUGGAUAUAAAAGAUACGGUGGACAUGGUGUUUUCGGUAUUACUUGAGAAAAUAAGCAACUAUGUGCUGAUGAAGCAACGAGUUCCACUGGAGGCAUGCACCAUAAAGCGCAUAAAACUUCUUGUAAAGCGGCAGUGGAACGAAAAACUCGAGCUGCCAUUGCAAUACCGUCUAAAAAACGACACAAAGUUUUUAAAUGCCAACGACGCAUCAGCUGUGGACCUUGCGUUGCUCACCGACAGCUACAUGAGCAAUGGACUCUUCACCGACUCAUUAAAAGUGAAUUUAUACUGCUUGCGUGUGUGCGCAAGCACAAAGGAGCUCUAUGCGGUUCCAUAUCUGCUCAGGAGCGAGGAUGUGGCAAACACACCAACAUUUCUUAUUCUAUCAGAUGUAGAAGGUGAAUUUCGCGGCAUGCAUGAAAUUCGAAAUUUGCGCCGAUUUCUGAGAGCAGAUUCACAGGACCAUUCAUUUGAGUGUCGAAAGUGCAAGAUGCAUUUUUCUGAUCGCUUACAGUAUACAUUGCAUAAGCAAAUCAAUUGUGGGAGUGGCUUUAUGGUUUGGCACAUUGACCGGGAUUCAACGGAGUUUUAUGAAAAUUGUUUAUUGCUGCCCAGACAGUUCUUCAAAUUCGCAUGGUUUGGUAUUGGGAAUGAAUAACAGGAAUUUAUUAUAUUAUUUUUAAAUUUGAA